CCAUGGCGCCGCCCGCGAGCACCGGCGCCAGUGGUGCCCCCGACGGCCUGGAUUCCCGAGACGUGUGCGUCGUCGGCGUUGCCCGCACGCCCAUCGGCGCCCUGCUCGGCUCGCUCUCCUCCCUCCCCGCCACCAAGCUCGGCUCCGUCGCCAUCCAGGCUGCUCUGCGGAGGGCGAACGUCGACCCGGCGCUGGUGCAGGAGGUGUUCAUGGGAAACGUCCUCAGCGCCAACCUGGGCCAGGCGCCCGCGAGGCAAGCCGCUCUCGGCGCCGGCUUACCUAACACCGUCCCCUGCACCACCAUCAACAAAGUCUGCUCCUCAGGGAUGAAGGCUGUCAUGCUUGCGGCGCAGUCCAUUCAGCUGGGGAUCAACGACGUUGUGGUCGCCGGCGGCAUGGAGAGCAUGUCAAAUGCCCCCAAAUACUUGGCAGAAACAAGACGAGGAUCACGGUUUGGACAUGAUGUCGUGAUCGAUGGGAUGCUUAAGGACGGAUUGUGGGACGUGUACAAUGAUUUCCAUAUGGGGAUGUGUGCCGAGCUGUGUGCGGAUCAGCACUCCAUUUCAAGGGAGGAGCAGGAUGCUUAUGCCGUCCAGAGCAAUGAACAUGGAAUAGCAGCUCGAGACAGCGGCGCGUUUGAUUGGGAAAUCACUCCGGUUGAAGUUCCUUCUGGUAGAGGGAGACCUCCAGUUGUCGUUGACAAGGAUGAGAGUCUUGCAAAGUAUGACCCAGUGAAGUUAAGGAAACUUGGACCAGCUUUUAAGAAGACUGGCUCUGUAACUGCAGGCAAUUCUUCUAGUAUAAGCGAUGGUGCUGCUGCAAUUGUGCUAGUCAGUGGCGAGAAAGCUAAGAACCUUGGCCUUCAAGUUCUUGCAAGGAUCAGAGGGUAUGCGGAUGCUGCUCAGGCACCUGAGCUGUUUACAACAACUCCAGCUCUUGCUAUUCCAAAGGCUAUAUCAAAUUCGGGUCUCCAAACUUCACAAAUAGAUUAUUAUGAAAUAAAUGAGGCUUUCUCGGUUGUUGCUGUAGCAAAUCAGAGGCUUCUUCGCAUCCCUCCUGGAAAGCUAAAUUUAAGUGGUGGCGCUGUUUCUCUGGGCCAUCCUAUCGGCUGCAGUGGUGCACGAAUUAUAGUCACUUUGCUCGGGAUUCUUAGACAGAAACAUGGGAAAUUUGGGGUUGCCGGAGUUUGCAAUGGUGGGGGUGGUGCUUCAGCCCUCGUUGUAGAGUCAAUGCAACCUUCAUCUCAUGUGCGUUCCUCGUUGUGAAGUUAGCAUGAGCAAAUUAUGCAAAAGCUGAGCUAUGAAUUACCUCCAAUGUUGUAUUUACUGUAUCUUCUGUGAACUGUAGGGUAGAUGGAUCAAUAAUCCAUGGUGUAUAAGUACUUCUAAGCUACAUAUGAUGCGGUGAACAAUUGAGUAUAGUAAAAUAAGAUGACCCUGUGCUACUUGCGCAAGGUCUGAUCCUGUAUUCCUCUACAUUGCACUAUAACAGUUGGCACAUGAAUAAUCGGAAAGUCAUUUUGGCUCC